CAGCAGCACACGUUUUAACCACUCUCUCUAAUGGUAGGAGAAGAAGACGGUUACUGGGUUACGGUCAACAUCAUCCGAAGUCGCUGACUUUCCUUCAGCUGGCCUUUACCGUAUUACCGUCUCUUGAUAUUUUCCUCUCAGACAUCAUGGCGAGCCAGCGGCCUCCCUCAGGCAUGGGCCGUCCAAUGAGCCGUAGUGGAUCUGUGGUCCCUGGUGCUGGAAGACCCCCAACAGCUGUCCGACCUCCUCCUACAGCUAUACGUGUUGCAACUGGGAUGGUUCCAGGUACAAGUGGUCAUCCUGGUAUGAGGGGUGGGAUCCCAGUUCCCACCCCUGGAGUCCUGUCGGCACAGAUCAAAGUGACUGACAGACCAGUCACCCAACAGGGGCUCAGUGGGAUGAAGACUGGCAUGAAAGGACCGCAGAGACAGAUUCUGGAUAAGUCCUACUACUUGGGUCUUCUAAGGAGUAAGAUCAACGAGUUGACCACAGAGACCAGCAAACUGCACAAAGAGAUUGAGAACUACAACCAGGAGAACUCUGUCUACCUCUCCUAUGAGAAGAGAGCUGAAGGUCUGGCUGCAGAGAUUAAAGAUUUACAAGGACAGCUUGCUGACUACAACAUGCUGGUGGACAAGCUCAACACCAACACAGAGAUGGAGGAAAUGAUAAAUGACUACAACACUUUGAAAGCCCAGAAUGACAGCGAGGCUGAAAGCAUUGACAGCAUCUUCACUGAGAGAAGGGAAAGAGAGGAGGCAAUCAGGGCGAUUGAAGAGGAGAUCAGGAGGGAAAGACGGGUCGCUGACGAGGUUGUCCAGUCAAUGCCAGCUGCAAAGCAAGAGAAGUAUUUCACCAUGGCAACAGCCAAUGAGGACCUGCUACAGGAGCUAGCUGUUCUCCAGGAGGAGCUGGACAUUCUGAUGACCAGGAAGGAGGACUACGAAGCAGAGCUGGCCAACUCACAAAUAAAGCAGGAAGUGGUGCGGCUUCAUGAGACACUGUCGGCGCUGGAAGCAAAGCGUGACGCCAUGGAGGCUGAGCACAAGAGCCUGGGCUCACCCCAGGAGGAGAGAGAAAAGCUAUUCAAACAGGUGAAGGAGGACAACCAAGAAAUUGCCAGCAUGGAGAGACAGCUUACAGAGAUCAGAGAACGGACCGGACAAAUCACAGAGGAGAUCCGACAGCUGGAGCAGGACUCAGAGGAAGCUCAGGGAGAGUGUCAACAGAAAUACAAGGAGCUGAAGAGGAAAGAGGAGGAAAUUGACCGGUUUCUGGAGUCGUUUGAAGAGUCCAGGGCUCAGGAGCAGGAAAAGAUGACACAGAGCCAGGAGAACAUCAUCUCCCUCCUGGAACACUGCAGCAGGAACAUGCUACGGCUACGUCAGGUGGAUACAGUGACAGCCAAUGAGCUAAGGAACAUGCAAGAGGUGCUGGUCAGCAAGGAGACCGAGGUGGUACAAUCAGAGAGCACCGCCAAGGGACUGACAACAGAGUCCCGGCGUCUGCAGCAGGACCUGGAGAAAGUGCAGCAGCUGGAGGGGAAGAUCACAGGAGAGCUCAGCACCCUGAAGGAGCGCGUCAGCACCAUGGAGUCUGAGCUGCACACAUACCGAGACCUGGACACCCUGAGGCGCACAGCAGAGGAGAAGAAGAAGAGACUGCAGGAGGACCGGGUAUCGCUGACUCAGCGUCGGGAUUCAUUCAAACAGCUGUUGGAGGAGAUGAACCAGAAAUACGAAGCUUCGAAGACCAAACUGCAAGAAAACGAGACUCAUGCUCAGCUGGCUAACUUGGAGAGGAAGUGGCAACACUUGGAGCAGAACAACUUUGUGAUGAAAGAGUUCAUCGCCUCUAAAUCCCAGGAGAGUGACUACGCCUCAGUUGCCAAGAACGUCUUUCAACAAGUGGCUGAGUACAACAAGUGUCUCAUAGACUCACUACAGAACAACAGGAGUUGAACUCACUUUUGUUACAUUUAACACAGUCACCAAUCACCACUCAUCUUAAAAUGCCAGUUAAUCACAAUUUAUAUGAAGAUUGUAGUUUAUGAAAGUGCCUCUUGUUUGUUACUUGUAGCUGCUUCCUUUCCAUAAAAAUAUUUCACUAUGUCUAUUUAGUCAAAGUUCGUAGGUAUUUAUCUUGUAUAUUUUGUAUUUAAAGAUACCGGAGAUUCAUUGUCACCACUGUAGGUACUUGUGAAUGUAGCUUCAGAGUGCUCUGAAAAUUUGAAUAAAGAGGUUUUGAAGUCAUAGGUUCAAGCUGUUAUAGUAUAAUGCCAGCUGCAAGAAGUAUAAAGCUCCAUUUUUGAAGCUGAUUUACAGUAGUUUUUAGACAAAACUCAAAUAGUCCAGUUGGCUCAAAUUACAGUGUGGCUACAACAGAGCUGAAAGAAAAUUCUACUGUGUGGUACAGUCACUGGUGGUGGGUCAUAUUCAAGGGUGUGGUGAUAUUUGGGCAAUAUGGUACAGAGAUUAUACUGGAAUGUUUUCUCUGUAAGGAUUUGUUUUCUUCUUGUACCUCUCAGGCUGCCAGUGAUUUACAUUCAGUUAGUACACAAUGAAAAAUCAACUACUCAAGAAAGGUCAUUAGUGAAGAAGUGUGGAUGUUAAAACGAGCUGUGGAGCUGUUAUAUCGAACACCGUGAAGCUGGACGCCGAGCACACCUGCAUCCGAAGGUGUCACCGCUUGGUCCAUCAAUGCACAGUCCUCGUUAACAAGAGUUCAGAAGACCCACAACAGAGUGGAAACUAAAAUUCACAGACGAGGUGAAUCCGAGACAAUGGAGAUGAUGUUCCAGCUGAAAGGAGCCAUGUUUACUCCUUCACCUCCAGGACUUGAAAGUUGAACCAGGAAACACUGAACUGAGAGAGAAGACACAGAGACAGAAGUCUACCUACUAAUCAACUACUCUCCUACUACACUAAUCAAUCUACCUACUAAUCAAUCAAUCUACUACUCACUGUCCUAAUCAAUCUCUCCUACUACAAUAAGCAAUCUACUACUCAAUCUACCUACUAAUCUAUCACUCUCCUACUCCACUAAUCAAUUAAUCAAUCUACUACUCAAUCUACCUACUCCACUAAUCAAUCAAUCUACUACUCAAUCUACCUACUCCACUAAUCAAUCAAUCUACUACUCAGUCUACCUACUAAUCAACUACUCUCCUACUACACUAAUCAAUCUACUACUCACUGUCCUAAUCAAUCUCUCCUACUCAAUCUACCUACUAAUCAAUCACUCUCCUACUACAAUAAGCAAUCUACUACUCAAUCUAACUACUAAUCUGUCACUCUCCUGCUCUACUAAUUAAUCAACCUACUAAUCUAUCACUCUACCAAUCAACUACCCUACCACUCAGUCAAUUAAUCUACUACUCUACUAAUCAAAGCAACAACCAUUAUCGAUCUAUUACCUGUUUGUCCUGAUGUACUCUAAAGAAAUAAAAUGUGUUCCUACCUUCA